CUGAUGUCUCGGGUAUAUUCAAUUGUUUAUAUCCCUCGUUGCAGAUCUUCCCCGUUGCCGGCCGGCUUCUCACUUGACUUGCUCCCACCAAGUCCGCCGGUGACCCACCGAUGGGUUCAGUCCUACAUGAGAGGAAGAAGCUAGGCCGAUCCUUCCAUAUGGAGGUCAGCCGGAAGGAAAGGUCCUGGGUGGUCGACGUCGAGAAUCUGCUGAACGAGAAGGGCGCCGCUGACCCGGCGGCGGAGGCCGCCAUGUGGCGGAAGCACUUCAUCUACCGGGUGCCGGCGCACGUCAGGAACGGCAAGCACGCCUCCCCCUACGGGCCGCAGCUGGUGUCGCUGGGCCCCUUCCACCGCGACAACCCCGACCUCCCGCCGAUGGACGAGCCCAAGCAGCGGGCGCUGCUGCACCUGCUCCGGCGCACGGGGCGGCCGGUGCGGGACCUCGUGGCGGCGCUUGAGGAGGUGGCGGAGCGGCUGGAGGACGCGUACAUGGACCUCGAAGACGGGUGGCUCCGCGACCGGGACGGGUUCCUGCGGGUGAUGGUCAUGGACGGGUGCUUCCUGCUGGAGGUGAUGAGGACGGCGGACGGGGCGGCCGGCGACUACGCGCCCAACGACCCCAUCUUCAGCCGGCACGGCGAUCUGUACAUGUUCCCCUACGUCCGGCGCGACAUGCUCAUGAUAGAGAACCAGCUGCCGCUGCUCGUGCUCCAGAGGCUCGCCGCCGCCCUGCACGGCCCCGACGCCGCGACGGACGAUGCGAUCAACAACAUGGUGCUCCGGUUCGUGUCGCUGACGCCCGAUCCCCCGGAGCUGCACGGCGGCGGGCUGGGCCUCCACCCCAUCGACGUCUGCCACCGUAGCCUGCUGCACGGCGCGCCCAGCCAGGUCUGCAAGGGGCGGAGGGAUGAGUUCGUGCCGUCGGCGACGGAGCUCGACCAGGCCGGGAUCCAGUUCGCCCGGAGCGCGACGCGGAGCCUGCACGACAUCCACUUCCUCCGCGGCGUGCUCCACAUCCCGGAGCUCGCCGUCGACAAGGACACCGAGCACAAGCUCCUGAGCCUGAUGGCCUUCGAGCGGCUGCACCCCGACGUGGGCGCCAACGAGGUGACGGCGUACGUGUUCUUCAUGGACAACGUCAUCAAGUCGGCCGCCGACGCAAAGCUGCUCUCCUCCCGCGGCGUCAUCUGGAACGGGCUGGGCAGCGACAAGGAGGUGGCCAAGAUGUUCAACCGGCUGGGGAACAGGGCCGUGCUGGACAAGGGCAGCCACCUCCGCGCCGUGCACGGCGAGGUGAACGCCUACCGCGCCACGCGGUGGAACGAGUGGCGCGCCAGCCUCAUUCAGAACCACGCCGGGAACCCCUGGGCAAUCAUCUCCCUCGCCGCGGCCGUCUUCCUCCUCGUCCUCACCGUCGUGCAGACGGUCUACACGGUGCUGCCGUACUACGACGAGAAGCCGCAAACGGGGUGGAGCGCAUCAGCAGGCUUGUUACACGAUGAGUUGUAAUGCGGUUGAAUUGGGAUGCUACUCCGAUCCAUGGCAGCCUUCUAGUUAGAAGUUGUGCCCCUGAUUUGGUCGAUUGAUAGGAUGUGAACUGAUCAGUAGUGUUCAUAUUUA